AUGAGCACAAGCGUGGAUCUCCGCAGUAUCAUGGAGAUGGACCAACCCAGGCAAUUGCGCGAUGUGAAUUUUGAGGAGUGGGACGAUGGUCAUAUUGCAUGUCAAGCAUACCAACCGACCGAAGUUGAUCAGCCAUGGCCAUAUAGGUUUCAGCAUGGCGACUCUGUUUGGGUCCACUCCACAGACUUUCACUGGUGUCUGGGGACGGUUUCUGGUCGGCCCAAGGUUGGCCGCACGAGAGAGGUGAAUAUUUUUCGUGUCAUUUACGAUGGAAAAUUUCGUAUAUGGGUAUCGCCUCUCGAGGGCGAGUUGAAGCCUGAUACUCCGCAUAUAAGGAAAUUGGUGGACAAAGCCUAUUAA